AAAAAGAAGGGGAGGAGGAGAUGGGCAAAGAAAAGGAAGCCGCCUCCUCUCCUUUUCCUCCACCAUUAAUUUGAUUCCCCCAUUGGUCUUCUUCUCCCCUCCAUUGGGCUGCUCAGAUUCCUCUUCCUGUCCUUUCUUCACCAGUUUCCUGCUUGUUACCCCUUUCCCCUCUCCAUUUCUCUCUGGUCUUCUUGGACUGCGCAGAACAACUCAGAGACCUCUGUUUGGGGUUAAUAAAAGAGCACGAGAAGUGCUUUCUGAGACCCUGUUGUCUGGGUUAUCAGGUCUAUAUUGGUUUAAUGGGCUCCCGGAAAGCACAACUCUUUGUAAUUUAGAACUAUAAAGAACAGUUUUUUUUUUUCUUCCUUUCGUUUUUUUUGGUGGAUCUCUUAUUUAGUUGUUGUGAAUAUUGCGAACCGGAAGAAGCAAGGAGUGGUGGAAAUGGGAAAGAACGGACCUUGCCAUCACUGUGGAGUUACAAGUACCCCUCUUUGGCGGAACGGGCCACCUGACAAGCCAGUUUUAUGCAAUGCAUGUGGUUCAAGGUGGAGAACCAAGGGUUCGCUUACAAAUUACACCCCACUACAUGCUCGUGAAGCUUUUGACUUGGAAAAUUUGAGAACUUUCAAAGUUGAAAGCAUAUCCUUCAAACCCAAAGAGCAGCAGCUGCAGAAGAAAAGGCGGAGCAGCAAUCCAUUGGAAAGUUUGCAUGAAAUGCGGUAUUCUGAUCAGAACUUCUGCAAGAUUGUUGAGGGGAACACUAGCAAUCGAUCUAGUACUGGAUCAGCUAUAUCAGUUUCAGAGAGUUGUGCACAUGUUGGAACUAUUGAUGCAAAUGACAUGACAGAUUCAGGUCCAGCAAAAUCAAAUGUUUGGGAAUCAUUAGUACCAUCCAAGAAAAGGACAUCUGCGACUCACCCAAAGGUCUCUCCUGUUGAAAAGCUGACAAAGGACUUAUACUCCAUAUUCUAUGAACAACAGUCAUCUAAUCUUUCAGGAUCAUCAGAAGAAGAUCUGAUUUAUGAAAGUGGAACACCACUUGAUUACACUGAGAUAGGUUAUGGAGGUUUGCUCAUUAGACAUCCCAAUUCCGAGUACAUAGAGGACGAAUCAGAAGCAAGCUCGCAUCCAGUAGAUAAAUCAUACAUCAUAAAUGAGAGAUAUGCAGGGUUGACGUCCUUCCCUUUAGACACCAAAAGCAAGGGAAAAAACUUCUCAGACAGUGGCACUCACAAGCUUAAGAACUUGACACAACAUAUGUCCCAAGAGACUGCUAUGAGGGAUAAGACUUUUGGUGAGAAGUUAAAGAUCCUGCAAGACAAAGACUCACCCUUGCUCUCUGCAGAUCUAAAUGAUAUCAUCAAUUUUGAUAUUUUUAUGAAAUACUUAGCAAAUGAGGAAAAGCAGUUGUUGAUGACAUAUCUGCCUUCCAUAGAUACUGUCAGAUCUCCAGAAAGCCUCAGAACCAUGUUUAGAAGUCCCCAAUUCUGCGAGACAUUGUCAGAUUUCCAGCAAUUGCUUCAGGAAGGAACUUUUGAUCUCUCCUUCUCAGAAGCGAAUGUUGAAGACUGUAGGACAUUAAAGAGACUCAUAUUACAUGACUUGAAAAGAUUUAGAUGGGUGGAGUACUAUGAAAAAUUAAAGAUAAAAGGACGAAAGGGUAAAGCUAUAGGAUCAAAAUUUCCUGGAAUUGACAAUUUGGUAUCCAUCAAAAGGCCUCAUGACAGUCGAAACCAGAAUUCUUCAGAUCUGAAAGCCACCACUAAAAGCCCUAAGAGAGCUUGUAAACAUGUGGUCACGAGUUCUCCUUCAAACAAUUUACAUCAUCUUGAAUCUAGUGAUACAAGGUCAAAAUUAACCAACAAUGAAGAUAGCUUUGAGAAAAACAAAUGCGAUCACUUCAGACACAGGAAUUUUCAGGCAUCUCCUCUGGAUAUAUGCUCCAUGUCAGUUCCUUCGCAGUAUACUGCUGAUAGUUCUGAUCAUGAUUUGCUUCUCAAUGUUCCUAGCAAUGCAUCAUUCCCGGAGGCAGAACUCCUGCACUGCCAUCCAUGGAAAGAGAAAUCCAGUUCUCUGGCAGAGAGUGUGGUUGCUGAAAUAGAAGAGAGUUCUUCCAGAUUUCAGUCAUCAAGUUUGAGGAAUAAGCCGAAAAUUCAUUGACAAUAUAGUAUGGAUAAUGUAGUUGUACGGGCAUAUCCUUUCUUUCCCUUACGACAUAAUCCGAAAAUUAGUGCUUAACUGAUGGGCAUUUGAUGUCAACUACUCUUACCAACUCCUUGUCUCCUGAAGUACUACUUACUAUUCAGCGUCGUGUUACCUGUAAUCUGAAAACGACAUUCACAGUUGGAAUUGAGAUUGGGCUGCUCUCCUACUUUUAUAGCCUGGCAAGAGUUCAUGAUAUGGCUCAGGCUGAAAGCGGGAGCUUCCAUUAGCAGUGAAGUUUGUAUGUAUUGCCAUUGGAGUUGUAGCCUCGCAGUGUAUUUUGAUGCUGUUUGAUCAGUAAAACAUUGCUUGCAGAAAUAUUAACUUGGGAUCUAUAUAUUCUGCUCUUGUUUUUGGCA